CAUACUUUUACCGGACCAGGAUGUUUACCUGUCAGUGUAAAUAUAUACAACAUUCAUAUUGUUGAUCAAGGGAGGAUUUAAAAGUUUUGAUAUCUUACGAAUGAGUGGGGAUCAUAUUUACUUCUUAAGACAAGUUAGAUGAAUCAAUGUGAAUGUGUCGUAUAAAGGCUCUAUGGAUAAGAAGACAGUACCUGUAUAAAGCUCUAUCUUAUAUUAAAAUGGAACAGAAGGCAUUACCAAUAUAUUUGUAUUCCCUUGUCUGUUUAAUGAUGUUAGCAGGACUUAAAAGUAGGGUUAUUGAAGAAGGAACAAAUUGCCCAGCUCCAGGUUCCAGUAGUUCUAUAUGCGGUGCAGUAGACCUACAAGGAAGUACAUUCAGGUUAGCUGGUUUACAGCCUGGAGAACAAGUUGCCGGUUGUUAUUGUAUUCUGACGUUUAACGAUUCGUCCUAUGUUGGUGGACCUAUAGCUAUCAAUGUCACAGCAAACAUCCCAGGAGGGUGCCAGAAUGCAGUAAACAUUAUACAUAAUUCAACUACCAAGAGGUAUCGCUGUCGUGAUUACAGCCUUAUGUAUGCUUUUAAUGUUACCGUCCACGAUAAUUUACAGAUAACACUAGUGGAAGGUGAUAGAAAUUCAACUAGUGGUUUUGAAUUCUGUUUCAAGAUUUCCACAGUACCAGAAUUAAAUAUGAGCCUUGUGUGUGAUAAACCAAAUAUAAAUGGAAUGAUACCAUCAACAGCUACGGAGAUUAUGUCAGAUACAGUGGUACCAAAAUCAACACAGACGACCAUUGAUGAAAGGGUCACUGAUCAAAACACAAACUUAACAUCUACAGGUGAAAAUGGUGAUAUUGUUAAAAGUAAAUUAGGUGUUAUUAUUGGUGGAUCUGUUGGAGGAAUAACUGCAAUAAUCGUCAUCAUUAUCAUAAUUGUAUGUGUAAUACGUAAACGGAGAAAAGACAAAUGCCAUGAAAGUCCAGAAUCUGUAGAGACUGAUGUUCAUCCUUACCAGAACAUCCCAGAUAACAGAUCAGGGGAAAUAACUCACCAACCUGAACAGAUUAAUGAAUUGGUUAAUCAGGAGAAUGAUCCAUAUACCAGUAUUGAUAAUGAUAUAAUUAAACCUAACAACGGUAACCAAGGGAUGGAAUAUCUAGAAAAUGAUAUGUAUAUUAGUUCUGAGGGUGUCACUGAUGACGUGGUGGUUGAUUAUAAACUAAAAGCAAAACUUCCGGUUAUGGCGGAAUACGCCCAGGUUAACAAAUCGGAGGCGAACAAAACCGCGAAUGGGAAAUUUAAGACUGGACCAAAGGGAGAUAAUUACGCUGUUGUUAAUAAAGGCGGGAAGAUGAUCAAUAAUGAUAAACAAUUUAAAAUAGGACCAAAGGGAGAUAAAUACGCUGUUGUUAAUAAAGAGGGAAGGAAGAACAGUAAUGAAGCUGGGAAACAAUUUAAAAUAGAACCUAGUGGAGAUCAAUACGCUGUUGUUAAUAAAGAGGGAAAGAAGAACAAGAAUGAAGCUGGGAAACAAUUUAAAAUAGGACCCAGUGGAGAUCAAUACGCUGUGGUUAAUAAAGAGGGGAGUGGAACCACGAAUAAUUAACCCGGAGGCUGAUUGUUUAAAGGAGCUAAACCUCUGACUCAAUAUUUUCUCUAAUAUUUGAAAUUAAUAAUACGAAUUGGCCCAUUUCAAUUAAUGUUCAUGUUAUUAUCUUGUCGUGAAAAGAUGGGAUCCUAAUAUCCAAUAUUUAAGAAACAAAGAACACUUUAUAAUCAGUACACACGUCGUGUAUUCUAUGGUGUCGGGCGCAAUCUGUAAUGAGCAAAGAAUAAAGAAAACAUAUCUUACAAGAGCACGCGGGGGUGAUUAGUGGUGACUGAUUCACCAACAAUAUUUUACGAACUUAAUUUAAAUGACUUUAUGUACACCCGUGUUACAUUAAUGUGUGCUUUUAGACCUAUUCCGUCUAUUUUAUGGUCUCAAGGAAUAGAGCCAUACGCCCUUUAAACGCGUGAAGAGGAAGUUGAACGAAUGUCAUCUUGUACAUAGUCAUCCGAGUAGAUAUCUGUAUACCUUUGUGAAAAUAAAGUUUAAGGAUUGUCAGCAUAUUGUGUAUAGUGAUGUCGAGUAUAUAUUUAAUUUCGAAUGAUAUAUAGAUUUUAUGUUUUAUUUUAUUUUAUACACAUAAAACCAAGUUUCUAACAUUUUAUUAGCUUAGUAUUUAUUUUCAUUUAUUAUUUUAUAAUUAAAUCAUUGUGUUGUUUAGAACAUAAAGCAAACAUUCUAGCUAAACUACCAUGGUUCAGUUAAAGCCCUAUAUCUAUAUACGAUUUGGCAUUCAGUUACAUAAUGGAAUGUUUUGGUCUAGGGAUAACCUUCAAAAGCUACAAAUUCAUGCAACGUUAUUUAAACAUGUCAUGACGUCAUGAAACGUGUAUUUUUCACGUUGUCGCAUCGUCCGUAUAAAAAUACCUUGGUUCAAUAAUGUUGUAAUUAUGUUUGUCACCAUGCUGGUAUCUUGCUAAUCCUACAUCAUGUUGUAUAUUACAAUUUAAGCUUAUAAUUUCUAUAAACUAUAAUUCUAUAUCAUUAUGUGAUAUGUCCAUCUGUAUUAAAAGUAGGUCGUUAAAUCACAUUUCAUUUCUAUCUGUCAUGCCAUUUUAUAUUUUUACAUGUACCUAUAUUACUGUUAACUAUACUCCUA